AUGAUCUCAGGAGGGUUCGCGGAAGGUGGUCUCACAAAGUCAUCUCGCAAAAGACACCUGAAGGAAGUCUACCAGGUCGGAGGCGAAGUUCCCGACCUUCCUACCAUUUCCUUCACUAAAGAAGAUGGGCAAGGCAUAGUUCCCGGACAUGAUAAUCCAGUAGUGAUCACUAUGAUCCUUGCCAAUGUCCAUUUACACAGAACCCUGGUAGAUCAGGGAAGCUCGGCCGAUAUCCUGUUCAAACCAGCAUUUGAUAAGUUGGGGUUGGAUGAAAAGGAAUUAAGAGCUUACCCUGACACUUUAUACGGGUUGGGGGAUACACCAAUUAAGCCACUAGGAUUCAUACCCCUCCGCACAACUUUUGGAAAAGGGGAAAAAUCCAAAACUCUGAGUAUUGACUUCAUAGUCGUCGAUGUGGGUUCAACCUACAAUGCCCUAAUAGGCAGAACUACCAUAAAUCGGCUCGGAGUAGUGGUGUCCACCCCCCACCUUUGCAUGAAAUUCCCAACACCAAAGGAAAUUGCAACCAUUAGGAGAGACCAGAAAUUGCAAAGAAGACGGAAGCUCGGACCUGAACGGACCCAAGUGGUGGAAGAGCAAGUACAAGCCCUCCUAGAAGCUGGCUUCAUCAAAGAGGUUAAAUAUCCGGCGUGGCUGGCAAAUGUGGUGCUGGUCAAAAAGCAAAACGGCAAGUGGAGGAUGUGCGUUGACUACACCGACCUAAACCAGGCGUGUCCUAAAGACCUAUAUCCACUUUCAAAUAUUGAUACCUUAGUAGACUCCAGCUCAGGGAGCCACAUAUCAAAGGCUGAUGAAUAA